UCUGUAAAGGCUCUCCGCGCCAGCGCCCUCGCACUUUGCCUCGCAGAGUUAUUCUUGUCGUUUUCUGUUCCCGGGGCCGCCGCCGCUGCGAACGGAGAGCCGUGCUCAGCGCCUCGUGGGACCGUCUAACAUCCGUUGGUGUGGCCCUGAUGGUGCGGCAGGCUCUGGACUUGUAGAGCUCCGGUGCGGUUGCUCCUUGGUCAUUUCCUCUUCGUUCUGUGCACCAGCACAUCUACGAAGAGCAGAAGGACUUGCUUGUGUCUGACAGUCAAGAGAGACCAGUGUAUUUCGACUUUCUACAGGAUUUAAGAAGAUUUUUGUUCACGUGUAUGGCAUAGAAGAUGAAUUCUUCCACGUCCACUAUGAGUGAAGAGCCUGAUGCGCUCUCUGUAGUGAACCAGCUUCGGGACCUGGCUGCGGAUCCGUUAAACAGGAGAGCCAUUGUCCAGGACCAGGGAUGCCUGCCGGGGCUUAUUUUAUUUAUGGAUCAUCCCAACCCCUCUGUUGUCCACUCAGCAUUGCUUGCUCUUCGAUACUUGGCAGAAUGCCGUGCUAACAGAGAAAAGAUGAAAGGAGAACUGGGUAUGAUGCUGAGUUUGCAAAAUGUUAUACAGAAGACUACAACUCCAGGAGAAACAAAACUGCUAGCUUCUGAAAUCUAUGACAUUCUUCAAUCCUCUAAUAUGGCAGAUGGUGAUAGUUACAAUGAGAUGAAUUCACGGCGAAGGAAAGCUCAGUUUUUUUUGGGAACUACAAACAAACGUGCUAAGACAGUGGUUUUGCAUAUAGAUGGUCUUGAUGAUACGUCUCGGAGAAAUCUAUGUGAAGAGGCUUUGUUAAAAAUUAAAGGCGUAAUUAGCUUUACUUUUCAAAUGGCUGUUCAGAGAUGUGUGGUGCGGAUCCGUUCAGAUUUGAAAGCAGAGGCUUUGGCAUCAGCUAUAGCAUCGACCAAGGUUAUGAAGGCGCAGCAGGUUGUAAAAAGUGAAAGUGGUGAAGAGAUGCUGGUCCCAUUCCAAGAUACCCCUGUGGAGGUCGAGCAGAACACAGAGCUGCCUGACUACCUGCCCGAGGACGAGAGUCCCUCGAAGGAGCAGGACAAGGCAGUGUCCCGGGUUGGCUCACACCCAGAGGGUGGAGCCAGCUGGCUGAGCACAGCUGCAAACUUUUUGUCCAGGUCAUUUUACUGGUGACUUCAGUUUGGGGCUCAAGGACUGUAUGAACCAACAAGGGGCCAGUUUUCCAUUGUUGUGGUGAACUGUCAAGUGCAAUUUGCAAUAAGUUAUCAUGAAAGUUUUUAGAUUACAUGAUUGCGUAUGCUGCAUUUUACAUUUUUUUGGACAUUAUAGCCCACUAAGUGGUGAAAAGGACAGAGGCUACCUGCAGGUGGAGUUGCUUUGUUCAUGAAGGUAUUUGCUUUUGGUUUCCUUUGUUUAAUUGCCUCACUUUUAUAAAAACCUGGGUCCACGUCAAACCAAACAUGUGCAGCUUUACAUUUUAUUUUACGUGAAGCACGUGAUUAGGAAAUUUAUUUUCUCAUCAAGCCUCAGGACCUAUCUGGAGAAGGUUUUUUUGUUUCCUGUUUCUUUUUUUUUUUUCUCCCAAGCUCAAGUUGUGCAUGAAUUACUGAACACAUUUCUCUGCUUUUCUUCAUGAAAAAAUACUGUGGUACUCUUCACUGAAAGUUAAAAACAUUUCUCAUUACUCCUCCCCAUUUGUGCCUUUUUUAUUUUGCCAACCAUGUUUAUAAAAAGGACAUUACUGAUGACAUUUUGUGAAUCUAUAUUCAUUUGAAUGUAGCAGUCCCCUAAAAAUACAGCCCAACUUUGCAUUGUCUUUUUGGUAUAACUUUAAUAAGAUUAACACAAAAUCAGUCAUGAAGAAUAAAGUGUAUAUAUCAUCAAAGUGCGAUUGGAGACUAUUUGAAUGUGAUCACACAUGGUUCUAGUUGACUUACUACUGUUAGAAUCCGCUCUUGAGAGUUACAUCCACCAUAAUACUGGGAGAAACUAAAUGAUCUCUAGACCUUCAUGCUUGCACACUGUCCCCUGGGAAAAAGUUAGUAAAGAACUGACAACCCACAAAAAGAAAACAAAAAAUUGAUGCCUUGUAACGCUGUAGUGCUACUUGGUUAAGUCUAAUUUUAAAACUUAAAUUGCUUGGCAGAUACCUAUUCAGUAGGUGUUUUCUUGUAUGCCUUUUGUGAAUUUAUUAUGAACAUAUGGUCGUAUUGAAUGGAAAAACACUCAAAUUAUUGCUUAUAAAGAAAUAAAGCCAGCAUUGGUCUACUUAAUCUUGUUUUUUAUGGCCAGCCAGAAAACAUUGAACUUCAGUGAAGGUAAGAUUACUGAAUAUAAACACACAUAUAUAUUUUUUCAUAGAUAAGAGCUAAUUACAUAUAUAUAAUGCUUUAAAUUUCUGGAAUAUUUGGCAACUAAAAAUUUCUUUUUGGAAAUUCAGCUAAAUCCCAAUAAACUAUUGCUAAUAUAAUUAAAAACAAAUAAGAGAAAGGAAAUACUUUUCAUCAACCUGUAGAGCUGCUGUUUUACUACUUGUAGAAUGUGAAGAGAGAAUUGGACACUGGAGGGUUUCCUUGCAUAUUUAUUACUUCUUGAGAAAAUGAAGAACAUGCAGUGUCAUGGAGAAAAAUUGCAUGUGAUACCAUCAUCACCAGUAAGAAUCUUGAGUCUCCAAACAUGGUGACCUUCAGUGGAAGGGUAUGGCAGGUGCUGAGAACAACAGUUUUUUGUGUGUCUGAUUUCAAGAUACACACAACUGAAAAUGUAAGCUUUCAGGGCAUGUGUUGCUUUGCGUGGACAAUACAACUCGCUGUGGGAUCAGAUCUGUUGGAAAAGAAAACAAAACCACCUCCUUUCUGCAGCCAUUAAAACAAAGUUUACUGUUCUAACAAGUUUGUAUUUUAUUUCUCAUUCCCACACAUUGACUUCUUUCAAAAACUACACCCCUUUUGUAGUGAUGGUUCAGUACAAGUUGGUAUUAUAGCUUGAUGUUUAUGUGUUCUAAUUCUAAGUGUUCUUUUAUUCCAGGUCUUAUAGAGCAACUAAGGCAACUGUAAUGGCAUUUUUUUGGGAAAUAUAUUGUAAAGUAAUAAAAAAUAACAUAAUAAAA